CAGGGGAACUGCCCGAAGUCCUGCGCGGCGUCGGUCUCCGGGGCGACGCGCGGCCCGCCGAGCUCCGGCCCGCGCGCAAUCUUGCAGCCCAGCCGGCGGCCGCCUCCCGGAGCGCCCCUACGGGAGAAGGCUUGUCCCGAGAGCUGGGGGCUUCCACCCGCUGGUGCCGCCGGGGCGGGAGGGUCGCCGUCCCUCAGUUCGCGGGCUGGAGUCCUCGAGUUCCAGUUCCGCAGCCUCCUCCCUCAAAACCCCGUCCUCGGGUGUCCCCGGCCUCCUCUGGCAGCGGAGCUGGUUCCCAGCUCCAUGCCCCCCAGUUGUCCCCUUUCCUACCCUGACGCAAAUUAUCGAAAACCUGACCUGCCUGCUCGCGCAAGUUUUUUAAAAGUGGGCACGAUGCCCUAAUUGUGGUAUAAAGAGGAAAUGCAAGGAAACGGUUUAUAAUAGUUUGCAUUUCAGCCUGCAAAUGCUUGGUACGACCACAGUUGAAGAAGUAGUGAAGUUGCUUAGUGCCCGAGCCUGGGCAGGGAGGCACCUGACCUUGACGGCCGCCCACUGUUACGUCUCGGCUACCGACCCAGAGCAGCUCAGCCAGCGGGGGCGUGAUUUUCCAAACCGGUCUUGGAACCACCACGCAUUGACACCAUGGAUAAUUACGAUCUGAUCAAGGCCAUUGGGGAAGGUGCCUUCGGGAAAGCAUUCUUGGCUAAAGGGAAAUCAGAUAGCAAGCACUGUGUUAUAAAAGAGAUCGAUUUUGCGAAGAUGCCCAUCCAAGAAAAAGAAGCUUCAGAGAAAGAGGUAAUUCUUCUGGCCAAGAUGAAGCAUCCCAACAUUGUAACAUUCUUCAGUUCGUUUCAAGAGAACAACAGGUUGUUUAUUGUGAUGGAGUACUGUGACGGAGGAGAUCUCAUGAGAAGGAUCCAUAGACAACGGGGAGUGUUAUUUAGCGAAGAUCAGAUUCUGAGUUGGUUUGUACAGAUUUCUCUAGGACUAAAAUAUAUUCAUGACAGGAAGAUCUUACACAGAGACAUAAAAGCGCAGAACAUUUUUCUUAGCAAGAACGGAAUGGUUGCAAAGCUUGGGGACUUUGGUAUAGCAAGAGUUCUGAACAAUUCCAUGGAACUUGCUAGAACUUGUGUUGGAACACCAUACUACCUGUCCCCAGAGAUCUGUCAGAAUAAACCCUACAACAACAAAACGGAUAUUUGGUCUCUUGGCUGUGUCUUGUAUGAGCUUUGCACACUCAAGCAUCCUUUUGAGGGUAACAACAUACACCAGCUGGUUCUGAGGAUUUGUCAAGCGCAUUUUGCCCCGAUAUCACCAAGGUUCUCCCGUGACCUGCAGGCCUUGAUAUCUCAGCUCUUUGAAGUAUCUCCCCGAGAUCGGCCGUCUAUUAAUUCCAUUUUGAAAAGGCCCUUUUUAGAGAAUCUUAUUGCCAAAUACUUGACUCCCGAGGUCAUUCGGGAGGACUUCAGUCACAGCCUCACACAUAAAGCAAGACCGUUGGCUUCUCAGCCUGCAGGGAAGGGGGUGCAAGAUUCUACGAUACAGAAAGCGAGAUUCCAGGGAAAGUGCCUACCAAGAUCAAGGCCAUCAGAGCCAAUUAAAAGGAAGGAGAUAUUGUAUAGAAAUGAAUGGAUCCCACCAGCUGGAGCUCAGAAGCCUGUAUCUAUAAAAAUGGUAGAAAGGCCCAAACUUGCUGCAAUGCGUGGACAUUAUGACUAUUAUUAUGCCCAACUUGAUGUGUUGAGGAAGAGAGUGCACGUACCAAGUUACCACUGUGUUCCUCAAAAAGAUUCUGGAGUUGAGAAGAAUUAUAAUCAGAAAGAAAGCCACAGUCCAUCACCAGGUCAAUGGCCUGCUGAAUACCUUCAGAGGAAAUUUGAAGCUCAACAAUAUAAGUUGAAAGUGGAAAAGCAGUUGGGUCUUCGUCCAUCUUCUGCUGAGCCAAAUCACAACUGGAGACAAAAGCCAAGAAGCAACAGAGAAGAGUCUCGAUUCCAGGAGCUGCAGAUCAGGAGAAACGAAAUGAAGGACCAGGAAUAUUGGAAGCAGUUAGAGGAAAUUCGCCAACAGUACCACAACGACAUGAAGGAAAUUAAGAAGAAGAUGGGGAGUGAACUGGAGGAGGACUCAAAAAUAAGUCAUAAAACCUAUUUAGUGAAGAAAAGCGACCUGCCCGUCCACCAAGAGGCCCCCAAGGAAGAAGCGCCUGUGCAGGACAUUGAAAGAGACUUGAAACAAAUUAGAGUUCAGAACAUAAAGGAAAGUAAAAUUCUAGAACAAAACUGUAAAGCUAAGAGAGGGGUGAAGUUUGAAAUUAGUUUAAACCAAUGUAUUUCUGAUGAAAACACCCUCCAAGAGGAAGAGGCAAUGGACGUGCAAAAUAAAACUCUGACCUUUGAGCAUGGCAUGAAGCUUAAGGAAUAUAAGUGUGUGACGGAGUAUGAAGAUUAUACAGACAAAGCAUUUGAAGAACUCUGUUGCCCAGAAGCAGAGUUGCUCAUUCCAGACACUGAGGCUGCUGCAGAGAGCAGGAGACAGUGGGAUGCGCUAGCUCCUCAGACUGUGCUAGAGAUGAUGACAGCAGGUGACAUCACCUCUACCUGCACCACUGUGCCCGAGGGUGACUCCACACUCAUUCGGUUUGAGUUGCCAGCACAGGGAGACAAGGCCUCAGAUGCAGGUGGCCAAGGGACGGUGACCGAAGGCAUUCCAGAAAAUAGGAGACGGUGGCAGCACGAAGUGCCAGGAGCUUUAAUGAGUGCUUUGGCUGCAGCACGUCUAACAAGUAGCUCGUUUUCUGCCCACGAAGGCGAAUUGGUGGGGACAUUAGAACAAUGGCUUCCUAAAGAAGAUGAGGGGAAUAUGGAAAUGGCCUCUGGCAUUGAAGUAGAUGAGGAACAACCAAGAUCUGACGAUGAUGAUACGAAUUUUGAAGAAUCUGAAGAUGAGUUGAGAAACGAAGUAGUAGAAUCCCUGGAAGAACUUGCUACUUCCAAAGAGGAAGAAAAAAGAGAAGAGGCUCCUGGUUUCACUAAGGGUGCUGAAAAGUUCAGAGGACAGGGGAUAGGCACCCAGAAAUAUGCAGAAUUAAAUGAAGGUUUAGAGAAUAUUUCUAUUCGAGCUAAUGAGAAAGUAUGCAUUGCUGAUGAAAACCGAGAAACAUCAACAACCCAUCAAAAUAUAUAAGUGUGAUUAUUGUACUUUUUCAUAAGUGGUAAGUCAGUAUCUAUUAACUGUAGUAUCUGGGCACAAGUCAUAAACAUUCAUUUUGUAAGAGUUUUCUAUUUUUUUUUUUUAAGAUUUUAUUUAUUUAUUUGAGAGAGAGACUGAGAUAGAGAGAGCAUGAGAGGGGGGAGGGUCAGAGGGAGAAGCAGACUCCCUGCUGAGCAGGGACCCCCCCCCCCCCCCGAUGUGGGACUCGAUCCCAGGACUCCAGGAUCAUGACCUGAGCCGAAGGCAGUCGCUUAACCAACUGAGCCACCCAGGCGCCCUUGUAAGAGUUUUCUAGCAAUCCCAGGGAUUUAUUAAUUUUUAUACCAAUUUAGACCUUGAGACUGACCAAUUUGAGUGUAGAAAUUAAUAUUUUACUUUAAAAUUUCUAUCAAGAAAUCUUUCGGACAAUAUAUGUGAUAGGCAGACAGAGUAAUGUAUCUCUCUUCCUGCCACCCUCCCCCCACAAUACACCCAACAAUGUGAAUAUAUUGUUACAUGGCGAAGGGGAAUUAAGGUUGCAGGUGAAAUUAAGGCUGCUAAUCAGCUGACCUUCAAAUAGGGAAGGUUUUUUUUGAUUAUCCAGGUGGACCUGAUGUAAUUACAGGGCUGUUUAACAGGGGAAGAGAGGCAGAAGAGAGGACCCAGAAAAUGUCAGCGUGAGAGGGGCUCAGCCUGGGGCUACUGGCUUUGAAGACGGAGGAAGGGGCCACAAGCCAAGGAAUGCAGGCAGCCUCUAGAAGCUGGGAAAGGCCAGACAAUGGACUUCCCCAGAAGCCUGCAGAAGGAACAGAGUCCUGCUGACAUCUUGAUUUUAGCUUUAGACUUCUGACCUACAGAACUGUAAGAUAAUAAAUGUGUGUUGUUUUAACUAAGUUUGAUAACUUUUUAAGACAAGGAUGGAAAACUAAUUCAUUUAGAGUAAUGAAUCUACCAUUUUUAGAAAACCGUGACUUUGAAAUGUCUUCUUUUUAAUACACUUUUUUGAAGCAGAUAUUGACACUUAAGGGAGUAGGUUAACUGAGCAAAGAGAGGAUCAAGGCAUGUCAUGUUAAUUAGGCACCAAGUAAUCAUUUUACUAUGUUUUACUGAAUUAAUUUCUAAUAGCUUCAAAUGUGUAGAUUAUAAACUUCUUAAAGGCAGGGACACUAUUGGUCCUUGUAUUUUAUGCUGGUCUUUUUACAUAUGGUGCUUGGCAGGGUGCCCCAUUAAACAAUCCCAGUAUUGAAACUGUGCCUGGAGUUUACCAGAUAUUUGUUGAUUUAUUGUGUUGUUGCUAUGAAGGAUGGAGUGGUUACAUUUCUAAGUGGUAGAAUUCUGCCUAAGAUAUAUGCUCUGUAAUAAAAAUACAACUAAAAUUGCACAUCAAUCCAUUGCUGAGCUAAGAAAACAAAGAUGAGGAAGGGUUGGUCAGAUUAUUUCGAGGUCUGCUUAGUGUUUACAUUUGAUAUAAUUUUAUUAAAUGUGGGGAAAGUAUCAGGGAUGCAUCCCACAUGAUUUGUCUUUUAUGCCUGUAUUUUCCUGGUGAUGUUGGAGGUACUGUUCUUUCAACUUGGUGUAUUGGGUUAUAAUCUACUCUUUUCGGGAGAGUGCUCAGCAUGGUCACAUCAUGAGGCUGAGAAUAUUUAAAAAUUUCUCACCACUGUGUUAAUGUCAACCUUGGUAACACAUGACCCUGAGAGAUUGGAGCACCAUUAAUUUUAGGAGUCCUUUAGUGGUCAAUGUAUACAUGUUUAAUUUACUUUCAGAACAUUAUGUGGUUCAGACAUACUAAAUCUGUUGGUGUGCUAAACAAAUAUUAAGCAGUAUUUGAAUGCAUGGAAAAUGAAACAUGGUUCCUGAAAAUCCCAAAGAUCCGAAGACCAUUCAGUUAUAUGGGGGGCGGGCAGAGCGGAGAAUUAAUGUUUAAGGUCAUUGAGUCUGCUCCAAUGACAAGAUGCUUGGCUAAAGUCUCUAGCUAACAUUCAUUCUAAGAUUGAGUUCUUUGCUGUAAAGUAGGAAGUAUUCAUUGUGAUAAGUACACAUAUCUGCAAGGUUUUUCAGCCAACUUCAGCCCCUAAUUUACCUUACCCAUCUUAUGUACACCAUUACAUAAAUCAUGUUCUUGAGGCACAAUUGAUUACUUUAUUCUGGGUUUAGGUUUAGCUGCAUGUGUCAAGUUGAAACUAUUAAUCAGACUUGCAUGUGUUUUUAGAAUAGAUUUUAUUAAAAAUUAUGCAUCUUGGUAACUACGUAUCAUAGCUACCAAACUGAUCAUUCUUUAAAUGGUGUAUCAACUCUUAACUUCCCUUCUAAGUCUUGUAACACAUGUAGUCCAAGUGAGCGUGAAGCACUCAAGUAUUAGAACUGAUGCUUCUUUAAAGCCAAGGGCAGCCUUAGAAUUAGGGUGGGGACAGAGGAGAAAAAUCAGCUGAGGAACAGUGGGAGAGGUAGAGAAAAUUACAAGGGCAUAAAUUGAUUCUAGUAAUUUGCGUAACUUCUUGUUGUAGAUAACUUUUUUUUUUUUUAAGAUUUUUAUUUAUUUAUUUAACAGAGAUAGAGAGAGAGCACAAGUAGGCAGAGCGGCAGACAGAGGGAGAAGGAGAAGCAGGCUCUCCGCCGAGCAGGGAGCCCGAUGCGGGGCUCGAUCCCAGGAUCCUGGGAUCAUGACCCGAGCUGAAGGCAGCGGCUUAACCGACUGAGCCACUCAGGCGUCCCUAGAUAACUUUUUUUGUUGUACCCAAAUCUACUGAAAGAUUUAGCAGACACUCUAUUAUAUUAUAGUCCUGGAGUCUAGGUACAUUUACAUAAUUAAACACAAGUAUUCUGAAACAUUUAUAAUUACACUGACCACUUAUAAUUUUGCUAUGACUUUGUAAAAACCCCUGAAAAUUAUUAAAAUAAAGUGUAUGAAGCUCUG